AUGGGAUUCAGUACCGCGGCUGAAUUUGACCAGGCCUAUUCAAGUGUGCGGAGCGCCUUUGCGUCCGGCACCACCAAGAACAAAGAAUGGCGGCGCCAUCAACUCAAACGCGCUUGGUGGAUGGUCGAGGAUAACAAGAAGCGCAUCUGCGACGCGCUCUAUAUCGACCUACAUAGGCAUUACCAAGAGUCGCACUCCACAGACUGCGCGGGCACCCAGGGAGACAUCCUGCGUACCUUGGAGAAAUUGGAUGAAUGGACCAAAGACGAGAAACCAACAAGGCUUGAUCCUGUGAACUUUUUGGGAGGAACUAUAGUUCGCAAGGAACCCCUUGGUGUAACUUUGAUCAUUGGUGCUUGGAACUUCCCUGUCACUUUGCUUCUGCAGCCAAUGAUUGCAGCUAUUGCUGCGGGAUGUGCUGUGAUUCUUAAGCCAUCAGAUGUGGCUUGUGCAACCCAAGAUCUAAUGAUGGAAAUCAUUCCUCAGUACAUGGAUCAUGACGCGAUUCGAUGUGUUUCUGCAGGGCCAAUGGAGAUGGGAUAUAUCCUAGAGCACCGUUUUGACCACAUCUUCUACACUGGGUCAACUAACAUCGCAAAGGUCAUCCAUGCAGCAGCCGCAAAGCACCUGACACCUGUCACGCUCGAACUAGGUGGCCAAUGCCCAGCAAUUGUCACCGAGUCGGCUAAUAUCGAUCUCACUGCGAAGCACAUCGCUGUGACUAAAUUCAACAAUGCCGGACAGAUCUGCUUGAAUGUUAAUCAUGUCCUUGUUCAUCCUUCCGUACGAGAGGAGCUGAUCAACGAGCUGUGUCGGUAUUUCGACAUAUUCCGAGGAGGCGAAGAGAAACAACCAGACCAUUAUACACACAUCAUUAACGAUCGCAAUUUCGACCGACUUGAAAGUUUACUCCAGCAAACCUCGGGAAAGAUCGUCUAUGGUGGCCAGCGGGAUCGCAAAAGCCGAUACUUUGCGCCAACACUUGUGACUGGAGUUAAGCCCGGCGACCCUCUUCUGUCCGAAGAAAUCUUCGGACCAAUUCUCCCCAUCGUUGACGCAAACUUCGAUACUGCGAUCUCUUUCACACGGGGACUAGAACACCCUCUGGCGAUUUACGCAUUCACCAACAACCCCGCAGACAAAGCGCGUAUCUUGAACGAAACCAAAUCCGGAGGCGUGACCUUCAACGACUGCGGUCUCCACGUUGCUGCAUGCGAUGCACCAUUUGGAGGCGUCGGCAAUGCCGGCCAGGGCAAUUAUCAUGGCCCACAUGGAAUACUGACAUUCUCUCAUCUCCGCACACACAUCAACGCCAUACCCUCGUGGCUGGAAUGGUGCAUUGCUGCGCGGUAUCCCCCCUACUCCAUUGAAAAGGCUCAUAGGAUGUCCCCACCGACUGUGCCACCAUUCGACCGUGACGGAAUUGAUAAGGGUUCAAGUGGUCGAUCGAAAUGGGUGUUCCGAUUUGGUGUUUUGGUACUUUCUACCGUGAUAGUGACUCGGCGGGAUCAAAUUGUCGCUUUCAGUUCGAAGUUGUUGUAA